ACUGGUUCUUAAUGAAAAAUUUUAUAUUUCCGUUGUGAGAAGCAUACCUGCUUAGAGCAAGUCAAAAAUACACUUUAUAUACGGUUGAGAGGACAGAGGGAGUGGUAGCAAAUCAUUGUGAAGUCAAACGUUGUCGUGUAAAGCUAAGACUCGAAAUUUCUUGUGUACAACUGAACAACACACCUUGGUAUUAAAAAACAUGGCAUUGGGCAAAAUCUGUUUUCUCGUUUCGAGUAUUUUAGCAGGUAUUUUCAUUUCUUCUGGAGCAGGAGGAAAUCAAUGGUUGAAAAUCAAAACCAACAAAUAUGUAACUAAACACGAUAUUGGUCUUUGGAAAGUGUGUGGUGAAUUGAAUUGUAAAACCAUUGGAAAUGACUUAGGAGAUAAAGAAAAGUGGUACAAAGCAACGAGAGCAUUUGCUGUUAUUUCUUGCUUGGUUAUAAUAGCAGGCAUUAUACUGGCUAUCCUAGCGUUGGUAUCAGAUAAAGUCAAGUCGAUUAUUGGUGGAAUUUUGAUGUUUUGUGGAGGAGGUUGUAUGUUGGUGGCACUUGCUAUUUUUACAGACAAACAAGAUUUUGAUUCAAUAUAUUUUAAAUAUCAAUAUGGUUGGAGUUAUAUCAUUGGAUGGAUUGGGGUGGCUGUAUCUAUCGUGUCUGGUGUUCUUGGUAUAAUGGCAGAGAAAUUCUAAUUUUGUAACGGAAAUAAAAAGAACGUAAAUCACUA